CUUUCCUGUCCGAUUAAAAUAGUUGACUUUGGCGAAUCUUUUUUCAAAAAUGACUUCCUGACAAGCUUCAUACAUCGCGUCCUGUCCAAGCACCUAAGAUCAUAUUUAGAGAGAAGUUCGAUUAUCGCGUGGACCUAUGGAGUAUGGGUUGUAUGCUUUUUGAGCUCAUAGUCGGUCAACCACCGUUUGACAGCUUCAUGAUAACACCCACGAUUCUUGUACGCCAAAUGCUGAAAAUUGCCAAUGAUAAACUGCCGGAGUGGUGGUAACAAAUAUGGCGCGCCAUGGAUAGCGCUUCACCAGGGGAGAAGUCAGGUUAUACGCUCCCAGAGUGGCUGGAGGCAAUUUACUUUGACGAAGGCAGAAACCACGACUUGACUCAGGAUGACGUACUCAAAGUAGGCAAGCUUAUGCAAAUUAUAUUAAAAUUGAUGCUUCAGGGUUCUUGGUUUAAGGGGGAUUAGAUCAUGAACUCGAAACGGCUGUAGAAAAGACAGGCAAGAAACUGCCCACAAUUACACCCAAACUAUAACAUGAUCUCCUUUGCUAGAAGCAUAUCUGGCUCACUAUCUUCUGUUUUGAGAACUUCGAGUUGUUGAAAGACCCGACGGCAACUUAAAUCAUAAAGUUAACUUAGCUUGCAAAAUUUUCGCCCCACUUAGCUUACGAAAUCUCUUCGCUUCAGUAUUUUCAGGUCUCAAAACGGAAGGCAAUUUUAAAUUGUCGGUCUAUGGAUGAAGUCGAAACAACUAGGAAAGAGAUAACUAAGGAAUUGCCUAAUAACGAUGAUCAAAUGGUCCGAAGAAGUAUAGAUGGGGGUUAUGGGAGGCGAUGUUGAAAGUUGAAAGAUCUGCCACAUAUAUGCCGUUUUUCGGUCACCAGAGCCAAGGGGACCCUCCCCGCGGAGGCCCACGCAAAGUUGACCUGUUGUCAACUCACUCCAACCACCAACAGAAACGUUCUAAGGUAGCAGCACGGUAUUGCAAGUAUAUGGGCAGAAGAGGUUAAUUAAUAAAGAGUCCCUUAGCUUCAAGUACACCUAUAGAUUGGAUCACACUAUGAACAAUAGGAAUGAUAGGAUUUCUAUUAUCUUGACAUGCCUGCGAAGUCCAAGUACCACUGGUCUCGAGAAGGCUAUCACUUAGGAUAUGCUUCACUCAGCUCGGCUACAAACCACACCACCAUCCUCUCCUCGCCAACUUGCCCACUUCACUGCAUGUUCUGCUGCUCAGGGCGAGCGAAACUUUUCAUUAGCUGCGUUUGAGAAUUUUUCUAGCACUUUGCGGCACCUCAGAAUUGUUUUCAUUGGCGCCGUUUUCAUUCGCGCCAUUACCAUUGGUGACAUUACCAUUGCUGCCGUUACCAUUACUGCCAUUUUGGAGUAUCGGGAGUGGAUGCUGAUGGUGAGCCAGUUAUUAAUGCUUGCAUCUAUAUUCUCAUUGAAAUGCGCAGGAUCUAGUUCGUAAUUCACGCUAUUGGCCGUUUGGACGGAAAAGAGGACGUGGGGCUGCGCAACUCGCGGACCACCAAGCGCCUUGGGUACGGAGUCGACGAGUUUGGAGAUACUUCGAAGUAUAUUCAUAUCAUAGUAUCUAACCCCCAUUAGAAUUCUUCAAGGAACCGAAGGGAAACCGAUCGGUAUAUAUCAAGCAACUCACAUCGUCGAGACGGAUUCAUCCACUAGUUUGGCCACGGCACAAACCGAUUUAGAGAGUGACGAAGAUGAGGUAAGGAUGGCGAUGAAUAGGAUACAAUUUGGUGUUUGUUCGAUGGAUUUUCUCCGAUUCAUCUAGUCCCCUUAUCCGAUAUGUCAUUUUCGGCGCCUUUGUGGUGGUUUGUAACCUCUUUCAGAUGCCCUGGUCGCUGCUAUCUUGCUACUGGGAGUGUUAGAAGCUCGACUUUAACACUAGCACCUGCGUGGUGGUCACCCGUCAGCCAAGACGAAAGAAGUCUGGGAAAAUGCGCAGCAGUAGAGUGGUGAUGUGAAUACAAAUCCAUAUUCAAUGUCAACCUUAUGAGUAAGAUAGACAAGCAACACUAGAUGAGUAUCGAGGCAAUCAAAGAGCUGGUUAAAAUAGAGCUG